AUGCUGCGUGCCUUUUCUGGCAGUUGUCUUUCCCUAGAGGACAUGGAGAUAGUGCGUCGUCCAAAUUUAGUAAAACAGCCGCAUAUAUUGGGCCCUGGCGUUGAUUUCUUUACAGAAGAUGGUCAGCCAGUACGUCCACAGCCUGGCGCGCACACACUUCAGAAGGUCUUUUCUGGAAGUGCCUUGGACCUUAAUGCAAUGAAUGGUGAUAUUCUUUCUGAGGAGGAGAUGCCCCAACCCAAUGCUUUUCCGCCAAAUCCGCAGGAACAGUAUGUUUUGCCGGGAGCGACAGUGUCGACGAUCCUGAAUCAAUUGUCCUCCGAAACCGAGAAGGGGCGUGCCAAGAGUGUCAAAAAUAAAACCAAUGUUUUGGUUAUUGGCGGCAUUGGGUAUAUUUCAAGCCAUGUGGUGGCAAAGCUUCUCGACGCGGGCUACACGGUUCGUGUAACAGUGGCCGAUACGCUAAGCGAACAGCAACAAAUGGAUUUUUAUUCCAUGGACCAAGGUCCAGAACGACGCUUGACGAUAUUUGAGGCGGAUAUGACCAACUCCUCCGCCUUGCGUGAUGCCAUGCGUGGGUGUAAAUAUGUCAUUCACUGCGGCUGCCCGACAUCCCCUGGUAACAAGGAUCCAGUGGCCUUACAUACAAGCGCUAUUCGUACACUUUUUGAUGCUAUCCGAUCCACGGGGAAAUCAACAGUGAAACGAGUUUUAAUCACGGGAGCAGCAUCUUCGGUGUUUCACAUAACAGAUCCGGAUCCUCCUUCUGGAGCCUUUGACGAGUCUUGUUGGAAUACAGUAGCUACCGCCGCCACUGACCCCGUUCCUUAUGCUCGCAUUUGUUUUGAAAAAGAGGCGUGGAGGAUGAAGCAAAUGAUUGGUGUGGAAUUAGUAGUGAUUUUACCCUCCAUCACCAUUGGGCCAAGUCGUACAGAGGAAAUUAGUAAUGCCAUGAUGCAAAUUCAAGGGUUAGCCACGGCAUCUCCAAGCUUCCCUUAUGCACCUAACUUGUACUGGAAUUAUGUGGAUGUGCGUGAUGUUGCUGAGGCGCAUGUACGAGCACUAGAGUGCCAGGAGGUAAAGGACCAGCGAGUUAUAGUCUCCAAUGGCUGUUUUAGUUACGCCGAAAUUGCAGAAAUGAUCAAGGAAGCGUAUCCGCACCUUACGCCCCCCACACGGACCGCAAAUACGUUGAUGACACUCCUUAUUGGUGCUACGCAAUCGCAAGUAAAGAUGGGAUUUCUUUGGCGUUUUGUGGGCGUUCGAAAGCGCCUGCAAACCCACAGAGCAACGGUAGAUUUGGACAUAAAAUUCACUCCCAUGAAGGAGACCAUACGGGUGUGCAUUGAUCAACUAAUUCGUGCAGGUGAGGUGCCUGCGCCAAAUGCCCCGCGAGCGAAAUGCACCCGGAAACUCUUUGCCGCGAAGAAAAGGGUCGGUCUGCUUCUUUGUGCAGCUGCAGCGGCGGUUUGGAUUGUGGCUCGAACGAGAGUGAGGCAAAGAUGA